AUGAUUUCAUCUGAUGUAAAUACAUAUCAAUCGCAAACAAAUGAUAAUCAACACGUAUUAUCUAAUUUAAUAUCAUCAACAUCAAUUAAUCCCAUACAAACAAAUGCAGAAUCAAUCCUUAUGCGAGCACUUCCAGCACCUCUUGCUGCUCCAGCGGGAUGGCGUAGUGAAAUUAUUCAUUCAAACUCUCCUAUACCAACCGAUACUGCAAUUAAUCUAAGUAGUACAAAUACCAGUUAUCAAAACGAUCUUGAUGGACCCUAUAAAAUAAUAAAUACUACUCGUACUGAUCAAUUAUCGUCAGGAUAUAUAGGUAAUAGUAAUGAAUAUUUGAGUACAUCGGUAGGUGGAAAUGUAUCACAACAGGGAAAUUCAUGGUCAAGUGGAAAUGCAUAUGUAGAUGGGUAUGCAUCAACAGGUGGAAACAUAUUACAACAAGGAAAUUCAUGGAAAGGUGGAAAUACAUAUGUAGAUGAACGUGCAUCAAUCGGUGGAAACAUAACACAACGUGGAAAUACAUAUAUAGAUGAACAUGCAUCAAUCGGUGGAAAUAUAUCACAACAUGGAAAUACAUGGACAGGUGGAAAUAUACUUAAUCGAACUAAUACUGUAUUAACUCAACAACAACAACAAAACAUAAUAAAUACUGUCGAACAUCAAAAUCCUCUUAUUAUUCGUAAAACACUACCAAAUAAUACUGUUACAUAUCAACAAAAUGUUUCUGUAAGAUAUUUACAACCACCAACACCACCACCACCAGGACCAAUUAUAAUUCGUGAAGUUCGUCCACCACCACCACCUCCACAAUCUCCAAUUCAAAUUCGACAACGUGCUCCACCAGCUCCUACACCACCACCCAUAAUCCUUCGAGAACGACCUCCUCCACUUCCGCCACGAGACGCAGAAAAAGUAGUUGAAAAACUAUUACCUCCGCCACCGCGACCAGAGCGUCGUGUCAUUGUCGAACGUUAUGGAGCAUGCCCACCUAAACCAUCUGAUGUUAUCAUAGAACGUUGGUUACCUUAUAAACAAACUGGUGAACGACGUGUUGUUGUCCAACGAGCACCAACACCUUGCAUACGACCAGCAGAACCAAACUUAUUAGUCUUACAUGAUUCACCUCGUGCAUGUAUUCAUAAAGAAUAUAUAAAUCAAGGAGUUGUUCGAGCUGACCCUGAUGAUUAUGUUCGACAAUAUGGAGCUGAUCUUGGUACAUGGCAUAGGGAUUCGCGACAUGCACAUCUAGUAGAUGAAGCUAGUCGUGCUAUUCCACCUCCGUUUAUAUCUAGUGGUCAUCAUCAUCAACGACAUGAUUAUCGCGAUUACUAUUCGGAUGGAUAUGAACGCUCCUCCUCACCAUGCGUACAAUCAAGCACUUGGGAAAGAUCGAGAGUAUUAUCACCAAUUCCUCGCUGUGCAUCUUAUCAUCAUGACACGUCAUGCUAUGAUACAUCUGAUUAUGGAUAUGAUUAUCGUCGUUCUCACGACAAUUGUUACAGAGAACGUGACAGUUAUCUAACAUGUAAAGAUGUAACACCCUCAUGGAAUCGUCACUGUCGUUCUUCAUCUUAUGAUAGAUAUCCAUCAAAAUAUUCUUCAUAUUCCUCAUAUUGUCCUUCGGAUACAAUUCGUGUUGGUUCCGAUAAUGAAUUUCAUCGUGUCAUGAGCGAUCUAACAUGUGGUCAUGCACCAUCUAAACUUCAUUGUUAUUAG